CGGGCAGUCAGUACCUACACAAACUCGUUCCCACUGUGCGUGCAUCGGAUCCCACCUCGCGCUCACGUUGCCUCACUACACCCCACUGCUGCAGGGUAGGUAGGCAGGUUCGUCCCGUACCCAAUCAGUUGUGGUGCCGGUAGGGCAUCCGCCGCAACCCUCAACCGACCGUCUCCAACUACCUACCUCAAUCAACCUAGCAUCAAGGUCGCCAACAUCGAAGACGCCUCCCGCGCUGCCCUUUCGCCAUUCUCCCGUCCUGCUUCGUCGGACGCACCCAUGUCGGCUCUGUUGGACCGUAUACAACACCAUUUCCCGGGGCAGCACAUCCCUUAGCAGUCCCUCCCGCGCCGAAUGUAGCGUCGCCUGAGUCUAUCAUCCAUUCGACUUCGUUUACUCCAUCGCUGCGUCGUGAUCCACCAUGGACCGCGCAAGGAAGCGCGAACUGCGCGCUCUGAACGAAAGGGCUUGGGACGACGAGAAAGAUCUCUUCCCCGUUAGCAAGACCCUCGAUUCCUCCCUCAAGAAGAACACCGCCUUCAUAAAGCGACUCCGAACCGCCAUCACUGCUGCUACCCUCAGCACCUUCCUGCAAGAGAUCCGAACUCUAAGCCUGCACAAGUACCUCUCCGAAAUCAUAUCCGCCUGCUAUGAAGGACUCUGCCGUCUCAAGUCUCCCGGCGAGAUUGAGGCCGGCGUCGAGAUUGUCAGCGCUCUCCACCAGCGCUUUGGGCCGAGCGAGUUCACCGAGUACCUAGCAUGGCUGCUCGGCAAGGGCAUGGCCACUCCGGAUAAGAGUAUCCUCAAAUCGCUGGCGCCAGAGGUCCGAGAGAAGGAGGAGAAGGAGCGCAUUACUCGCCAGCGAGCGCUGCUGCGCGUGGUCGCUGAAUUGUGGCUGGUGUGCGCCAUCAGGACCCUUGACGAUGUGAGUCGACCUGACGACGCGACCAAGGGCGCCGCUGGUAAGGCCGCCGAGCUCAAGCCCCGGAGCAGCUCGAACAAGGGGGGCGCCGCCGAGCCCUUCCCUCUCGAAGUCCUCAAGGAUCUCCUCGGAUACGACCGCGAACAUGCAAACCUUCCGUUGCUGGUAAUUUUUGUCAAGUCGUUCAGCUGGGAUAUAUUGGGCGUUAAACCUACUGGGGCUGACGGCCGUAAGACUGUGGAGGAGGACGGACUUGCAACUACAGCCAACGGGGAGAGUCAAGAUGAUGACGUUUAUGAAUCUGGGACCUCUUCUGCCGCAGACCAACCUUUCACUGAGCCCGAAUUGCGAGACCGCUUCAGGAAUGUCCUCAAGAGGUACUUUGAAGACGUGAAAGCACACAUUGUGCGGGACCAGAAGUCCAUCCAGUCGCAGGCUAGACGCAAUGCUGAAGCCUACGUCAAAUCCGGCGAAGUUUUUGAAGAUCGCCAGGCCAAUUACGAGAAGCAGGUCAAAGCCCAGGAACGUCUGGUCUCCAACGCCCAGGUUAUCGCCGAUGCUAUUGGCGCUGAUAUGCCUGACUUGAAGGAUUCGGACGACUCUUUGGGGGCAGCGAAUGGAUCUAUCGGCCUUGUCAAGACCGGCGACUACUUGCGAUCGAUGGGGGAUGGUGCUGGAAUCUGGGAGGACGAGGACGAGCGUCGCUUCUACGAAAACCUGGUCGAUCUGAAAGGCAAGGUCCCGCCGAUCCUUCUCGAGGAUGGCAAAAAGAAGAAGCCCGAUGCCGAUGAACAGGUUGGAAAGAAGAUCGAUCAAAACGAGGCUGCCGAGGCUUCCAAGCCACCCGAUUCUGCAGACGACCAAUCCACCGCCAUCGCCAACAAGACAAUCGGAGCCCAAGUUGAUGCCCUCCUGGCUCGCUUACCUGAAUUGACCAACAAGGAUAUCGUGGACCAGACCGCAAUCGACUUUUGCUUCCUCAACUCGAAGGCUUCACGAAACCGCCUGGUCAAGGCAUUGACUGAGGUUCCCAAGGGCCGAAGCGACUUGCUCCCCUCGUGGUCUCGCUUGGUUGCAACUCUCGGACGAUAUAUGCCGGACGUUCCUAAAGGCCUCGUCGAGUACCUCGACGCCGAAUUCCGCAGCUUGCAACGUCGCAAAGAGAAGGAUUUCCUGGGUCAAGUUAGAUUGAGCAACAUUCGUUACUUGGCAGAGCUCACCAAGUUCGGCAUUGUUCCCGAGCAUGUCGUCUUUCACUGCCUCAAGGUUAGCCUGGACGAUUUUUCACGCAUGAACAUCGAGAUCCUCUGCAAUCUCAUCGAGAAUUGCGGCCGAUAUCUGCUUCGAAACCCCGAGACGUCCCCGCGCAUGGCAAGCUUCCUAGAGACUUUGCAGCGCAAGAAGUCUGUCCAGCACAUUGGUCAGCCUGAGCGUAUGCUUAUCGACAAUGCGGUGUACUACGUUGAUCCCCCAGAGCGCCCUGCGAUUGAGCAAAAAGAGAGAACACCGAUGGAACUCUUUAUUCGCAAGCUGAUCUACGUUGACAUGACCAAGAGGAAUUACAGCAAGAUCUUAAAGCAAAUCCGCAGACUCCACUGGGAAGAGGCAGAGGUUGUUGCUAUUUUAGAAAAGGUUUUCUCGAAGCCAGGAAAGGUCAAGUAUGGCAGCGUUCACCUCCUCGGCAUCCUGCUGAGCGCGCUCUACCGCUACCAUCCCGCCUUCGUGGUCAAGGUCAUUGAUAACGUUGUCGAGUCAGUCAGCUUCGGGCUGGAACAGAACGACUUUAGGUUCUUCCAGCGACGUGUCGCCGAGGUCAAGUACCUUGGCGAGCUUUACAACUAUCGCAUGCUAGAGCAUCCUGUCAUCUUUGAUACCAUGUACAGGAUCAUGACGUUUGGAUAUGGCGGUCCCCCCCAACCCGGCCGAUUCAACCCCCUUGACCCUCCCGACGACUUCUUUCGCAUUCGUCUCGUGGCCACGAUGUUAGAAACUUGCGGCAUGUUCUUCAAUCGAGGCGCUGCUGGCAAGAAGCUCGACUAUUUCUUGUCAUUCUUCCAGUACUAUGUUUUCACAAAGGCCUCACUUCCGCUGGACAUUGAAUUCACGGUGCAGGACACUUUUGCACUAACUCGACCGCAGUGGAAGCUGGCUGCGAACUUGGAAGAAGCCGCCAAGGCAUUCCAGCUUGCAGUUGCUCAAGACCAGAAAACGGCUGGCAUCGACAAGGCUGUCGAUAUGGACGAUGCUACGAGCGGUGCCUCAUCGGAUGACGACAACGACGACGGUGAAGAUGAUGACGACAGUGCAUCUGACGAAGAAGAAGCCGACGAUGUGGAUGACGAUUCCGAUCGUGAGGGUAGCUUCGACGAAGAGGCCAUUGUUGUCACUAGGCAGGAAGAGGAGGUUGAUCCUGAAGACGAGGCCGACUUUGAACGCGAAUAUGCCAAGAUGAUGACGGAGAGCCUCGAGUCUCGCAAGUUUGAGCGCAAACAGCUCUUUGACGUGCCCCUUCCAGUUCGACCCAAGAACCGCGAGGCCUCGACGGUAUCUGAGCCCAGUACUGCCCAAGAGGAGCAGCCCGCUCCUGGACAUACCAUGGCCUUCUCUCUUCUGACUAAGCGGGGCAAUCGUCAACAGACGCGAACCGUCGAGCUACCUUCAGACUCGACCUUUGCGAUUGCUAUGAAGAAUCAGCAACAGGCUGAGCGUGAAGAACAGCAGCGCAUCAAAAACCUGGUGCUUAACUACGAUCUUCAGCAAAAUGACGAUCCGGACGGUAGCCACGAACGUCCGGCGACGUAUUAUCACAACCGCCUGGAGCGGUCGAACAAGGACCGAGGCCAGAGGAUCCGAAAGCUGCAGCUAAGCGACGUCGACUGGACAUGAAACCGAUCCCACGGAACGGCUAGUAACAUUCCCCCCAAAUUCCAACUCCGCCCGAGACAAGGACCGUAGCCAACACGUGCCGAGCGAGUUCGCAACGGAUGGUACCAUGAAUCCAUGGACUCGCUCCUGACCUAGGGUAAGGUGGGACUCUGAACCAAGCGUCGUGACGCAAACUACAUGUUGCUGCCAAUGGCGCAAAGAGUUUGCUACAUUGACGAUGGGGCGUCGACGAUACGGCUCAGCAGUGGCCAUGGUAAGUAACAUGAAACGUCGACAGCAAUGGAGACAGUGAGAUGAGAAUGAGGUUGGGUUCCGUACGAGACUAAAGCCCAUAAGAGGGUCGAGUUGCCUGUGAGAAGCGCGGAGCGCACUACCAUCGUUGAUAGGGGUCACACUAGAUCCUGAAUAUAGAUGCAAUGUGCUUUUGGCGGCCUCAACCAAUCGUUUUCAGAAGGCUCGUUUUCAG